AGGACAACAAAACUCUAUUUAUCGGCAUUGUGCGUGAAUCCCUUUGUCAGCUGCUCAGAAAGCACAAAGAACAUCAUCAAAAAACGGUCGCCAGUAGAAACAAUUAAUUUAUUCAUGUUUCGAUGUGCUUAUACAUACAUUUUAUAAGCUAAUGCCAUAAUCUAAUAAUCUGGCAACAUUAAUCGUGACGCACACAAACACCCACGAGCAAGCAAUCCAAGCAAAGCACUUUCCGAAAGUGUCUGCGCUCCUCUAAAGACGAUGUGAAGAAGUUAACGACGCAACCAGGACGCGAUUCAUAACCGCUUUUGCGCGGCUGCAGCCAGAGCCAAUUAUUUGAAGACAUUAUUGCUUGCCUGCCAAUAUCAUUUUCAUCUUUUCCAUAUCCAGUUAACAAGUCCGUCCCCCCGUGACGUACCGUCGGAAUGGCUCACUCACAUCGCGAACGGGAGCGGGGCUCAGGCCCACUACCGAACCGUUGGCUUUAUUGUCCACGGAAAAGUGAUAAAAUUAUCGCGGAGCGGUUUCUCGCAUUCAAAACGCCGCUAAAUCAGUCCUUUGAAGACAAGAUGGCCAUUGAAUGCACCUUUAGUCCCGAGAUGCUUUUCGAUUAUUGCAAGACACUCAAGUUAAAACUGGGCCUUUGGAUCGAUUUGACAAACACAAAACGAUUCUAUGAUCGCAGCACGGUGGAAGAGCGAGGAGCACAAUAUAUUAAGCUACAGUGUCGCGGUCAUGGUGAAACACCAUCGCCGGAGCAGACGCGCAGUUUCAUUGAGCUGGUUGACAACUUUAUUAAUGAGCGGCCAUUCGAUGUGAUUGCUGUGCACUGCACCCACGGCUUUAAUCGAACGGGCUUCCUAAUCGUCUCUUAUAUGGUGGAACGUCUGGAUUGCUCUGUAGAAGCCGCACUUGCUGUGUUUGCCAAUGCACGACCGCCCGGCAUCUACAAGCAGGAUUAUAUUAAUGAGCUAUUUCGACGCUAUGAGGUAGAGGAGGAUGCUCCCCAAGCUCCAGAGCAGCCCAAUUGGUGCUUGGAGUAUGAUGACAGCAAUGGUAAUGAAGACGCCAUCAGCGAUUCCAAAGCCAGUAAACGCCGCUACGAUGACAGUUGCUCAUCCACCUCACAGCAGGCUGCGGCCGCAGGUGCAGCUGGGAGUGGAACGGCCACAGAAGAUGAAGACAAUGACGAUGAUACUGUGUCAAAUGCGAAUGGUGAGGAUGUCGCUUCUGCUGGCGAUGGACCCCAGAAAAAGAAGCGACGACGUGAGUUGGUUGUUAAGAAUGCAGCAUUUAUGGCUGGUGUACCCGGUGUGCGGCAAAUAACAGACCAGCCACGUCUCACUGGGCUACAGCACAGGGUACAAGACUGGUGCCAUUGGCAGAAGAGUGGCUUUCCGGGCGCUCAGCCUAUAUCGAUGGACAAGCACAACAUCAAGAGACUCAGCGAGAUGCCGUAUAGGGUUUCAUGGAAGGCGGACGGUACGCGAUAUAUGAUGCUCAUUGAUGGACGCGAGGAGAUCUAUUUCUUCGAUCGCAAUCACUCAUGCUUUCAGGUGGAAAAUAUGACCUUUGUGCAUGGUAAAAAUCUGCAUGAACAUCUCGAUGGUACACUGCUGGAUGGUGAAAUGGUGCUGGACAAGAUUGGUGACACUGUGACACCGCGUUUUCUUGUCUAUGACAUUGUGCGACUGGCGGGUCGUGAUGUGCGCGAGGAGUUCUUUUAUCCACAUCGUCUAGACUAUAUUAAAAAUGAAGUUAUAGGUCCGCGUAUACUUGCCAUGAAGCAGGGCAUUAUUAACCGUGCCCUGGAGCCGUUCAGUGUGCGCAACAAAGACUUUUGGGACAUUCGUACGUCGGAAAGUCUAUUGGGCGAAAAGUUUUCGCGUUCGCUGGCCCAUGAACCCGACGGUCUCAUCUUCCAACCCUCGCAGCAACCGUACACAGCCGGCGUAUGCGUCGAUGUAUUCAAAUGGAAACCGCAUGAGCUUAACUCCGUGGACUUUCGACUUAAGAUUAUAACAGAGCGUGGCGAGGGCUUGUUGACCAAAAAGGUUGGCUUUCUUUAUGUAGGAGGCCAUGAUGCACCCUUCGGACGAAUGCAAAAACUUACAAAAGAGAUACGCGAGCUGGAUAACAAAAUUGUUGAAUGCACGAUGAAUCAAUAUGGCAAUUGGGAUUUUAUGCGCGAGCGAACGGACAAAAAGUUGCCCAACAGUUUCAACACGAGCGUCGCCGUUGUGGAGAGCAUCAAGCAUCCAAUUACAAAGGAUUAUCUACUAAGCUUUAUUGUAAAUUUUGGCUUUCGCGAUGGUCAUACAAUGAUGCCGCCACCAGCCUCUCAACGACGUUAGCAAUGCUAAGCUGCUAUCUCCUCUCAUGCACCAUAUUCAGCACACCACAAAUAGAUUCGACCACUAAGAGAGCAGCAUCAUUAUUUAUUUUUGCCACUCUCUUCGGGGUCGACUCUGUCUUGGAGCUCCGGCCAGCUGAUCGAUCCUGACAUAAAGACACACGGACACACACACACACACACACACUAGGAAAUUAAUAAACUAUAAUUAACACAACAUAUGUUUUUUUGUUUGUUAAUAAUUUUCUCGCAAAUCUGUCACUCACUGGAAAAGACAUCUCAGAUCCCAUGAGGCACAUAUACACCUUACACCAUAUACAUAUAUUAUUGACGACGCAUUGUCAAUAUGGCCAUGUCCGAACAUCCUAGCUUCAGUACAGAAGUUUUCGUGAUAAAAUUUUGAAUCUAUUCGUAUGCUUGCCGGAUGCGGUAAAAUCGGAAAAGUAUAUAAUUUGACUACUGUUGGAACGACCGGUCGAGAGUCGAGCUCAUUUUUUCAUUACAAGAUAUCUCGACCAAACUCACCAGUUAUGAGUUAUAAUGCUCCCUAUAUUUAAGCAAAAAAAUUUAAAAUGUUAGAUUUUGGGUAUUUUAGACCCGAAGAGAGAAUAACAUCAACUCGAGCAUGCAAAUUUUUUCCUUUUAUUGUUGUCUACAAAUAUCAAAUAACAAUAAAUAAUGCAUGUAUAUACAUAGAAUUUAAAUAAAAGCUGU